AUGCACAGCACCUCAAUCUGCGGGAUGCGCAUCGCCGUCCUCGGCGGAAGCUUCUCCACCUCAACCUUGAGACCAUUCGCACAUGCCAACAGCAACCUCACGAGACAAUUGUAUCAUGCGAUCCCAUCGGCCCGCACGGCCAGCACAGCGACGGCCAACAAUGCCGCACGCACGCUGAAGACCUCGGCUGCUCGCCCGCAGAAGCCCGUUCCCUCGCUCUGUUCCGGUCCAGCUCUCCGCCGGGCCAAGUCCAACGCCGCCGCCUCGCCUGCCCCCUCCGGGCAGCAGCUCGUGCGGCUGGACUGGGACUCGUUCUUCAAGCUCCGUGCCAGCCGGCGUCGCUACACGCUAGCCUCGUCAGUCGUGACCUCGGCUUUCACCACGGUCUUGGGGAUGCAGGUCCUCUCGUCGCAGGAUCUGGAGUCCCUGGGCGCGCAGGUGAUGGGCCUGGAUCCGUUUGUGGUGCUGGGUAUGGCGACUGCCGCGUGCGGUGCGGCGGGCUGGCUCCUUGGUCCUUUCGUGGGGAACUCGGUCUGGAGCUUGAUCUACCGGAGAUACAAGCCUUCCCUUCUACAGAAAGAAAAGCAAUUCUACGAUCGCAUCCGCCGAUUUCGCGUCGACCCUUCGUCCAACUCCAUCGCCAACCCUGUCCCCGACUACUACGGUGAAAAGAUCGGCAGUGUCCAGGGCUACCGACAAUGGCUGAAGGAUCAGAGAGCGUACAACCGCAAGAGACGCCACUUCAUCGCCUGA